ACAGAUACAAAGAGCACAAUAACAGUAUUUGAUAGAGCAAAUUCUCAGCUACCAAAUGCUGUUUCUCAACACAGUGGCUGCUAUUAGCUAUGCAUUUUUGCCGACUUGUAUGAAUCUGCACCAGCAAAGGUGGUCUGCUGCCACUGUCACUACUGACGAAGCGCAGCACUCGCUGCCUCACUGUGCUCACAUCCACUGUUUGGUCUCCGUAAAUGUUCAACGAGGGUCAGUGAAUGUCAGUGGGUGCCAUUUUUUAUCUUACUUCUGCAGUGUGCUGGAGGUUUGAUUGGGCAGGACCAGCUCGAUUAGCUGAUCUUCAAGCUCUGACUAACCAGGUGGCUUUUGCUAAAUGUGUAUCCCAAUGUUUGAAUGUCCCAGCACCCAUUGCUCUCACAUAGUCUUUACCAGUCUGUUGUAUCUCCCCCUCUUUCGCACAUGAAUAACCCUAACUAAACUGCGACACGAACCAAACAGGCUUUAUUCACUUAGCUUGCUUAACUGCAGCACAUUUCACAUUCAUGGAUAACCUGUGCCACAGCGUCCAUAGUCAAGUCCAGCCCUCCAUCCCAAUCCCAUCUCUGUUGCAUCUCUUUCUCGACGGAUUGAGGUGCCAUGGGCCCACCAGUCGAGCUGGGCAAUGGGCUCUGAGGGUGGGAGGGCAGGAGAAUGGCUGAUCAGAUGGCCACCACCAGGCCACCACCCAGCCCUCACUUCAGGCUGUUGCAGGCCUUUCUGGCUGCCUUGGCACUGCGCUGCACCUCUGGGACCGGGGGAUUGGGCACAGCACCUUCUUCUUCCUGGAGGACGUUUUCCAUCUGAGGGACUUUUUUCAUGGCCUCUAUGGAAAGGAAUGCCCCUCGUUUGGGGCACCAGAUGCAAGCGGGCCCUCGGGGCAAUGUGGAAAAGAUUGGAGUGUCCAGGAAGGAGGGAAAAGGAGAAGAUGUGAGUGCAGCUGGGGAGUAACAGAGGCCAUUCAUGGGCAGGGGGAGUGGAUCUGAGCUUUUACCCAGAGCCAUGAGAGACAAUUUUUCAUGUCCAAUGUAGUAUUUUUUGAGAACAAAACCUCAUUUCACUUUUUAGAGUCUCAUUUUCAGAGUCAGAACCCUGACUUGUCGUGAGAUGUCUUACAUUCUUAGGCUUUAAAACCUCACUUUUAGGUUCCAGAUGUUCUCUUUUAUUACAAUCAAAAUGCUUCCUUUUUACGGUGGAAUUGCCUACGUUUAAAUCCAAGGAAAAAUACUGGGAGUCCAAAGCACCGUUUUGGGGGUCAAAAUGUCCAUUUUCAGAGUUGAGAGCCUCAGUGUUUAGAGCUGACUGGUGCAAUCCAAAGCCUCACGUUAUGGGUUGAAACACUGUGAUAAACGAGAGGGAAAUGGAUGUGCUGAACGUUCACCUUGUUUUCCUGUGAUUUCACUUGGUUCCAAAUAGGUGUGGUAGCAGAGCACCGAGUUGUUUCAUGCUCAUCACAAAAACAGCGCUAACCAUCAGACUAGCAAUCCAACGUGUGGUGAGGAGGUCCAAACCAGAGCGGUAUGACGGUGUCAUUAUGCAUGCGGUAUGAUAACGAUGCCUUAUCCAGCUAGAGCCAAGCACAAUGCACACAGAGAUCAUUUGCAUGGCUUCCACAGGAGGACAAAGCCCACCUUACUUCUCCAUCCAGCACCACAUCGUUCUGUAUAAACAAGACCCAUCUUUAAGUUAGCAGAGUUUAUCAGAGAAACAUCCAGGGCCUCGAAACAUUUUGAACCACAACUACAACAACUUGUUCUGCACUGGGAGGCACUGAUGCCUUCUGAUCUCAGUUGCCACGGUCAGCAGGCCACCAGUGGCCGUGUCACAGUAGGGGGUGGAGCAAUGGGAGCCAUGUCACAAAGGAGGGGUUCUGUGACAUGGCCUUGCAGGGGUACAAGACGGGAGGUGGGGUGGACGGGCCCUGCACUCUGGAGUAGCAACCGGAGAGCGAGCGCAAGGAUGAGCUUGCACGUGAGCUUUGCCAAAGAGAAGCCACGCGCCUGCAUUAGGCGGACCAAGUUGCAUUUCUGGGAUGGGAUGCAGCAUGCCUCCCUCAUGCCACACACGGAGGCCAAAGAGCGAAUAGCUAUCUGGGACGCGGUGGCUGUCUACAUCCAAAACCAGCUCCUGCUGCACAAGGGGGUCCGAAUUCCAACUCUUGGCUCCUUUGAUGUUGUCCCCAUCAAGGCCGGUGAUGAGGCUUUGGUUAUGCCAAGGCCUGUGUUUCGCCUGGCCAGGAAUCUUGUACGUGCUCACAACCUUACGGACAAUACAGAGUACCUGCCUGGCCAUAAAGAGUGUGAGCUCGUCCAGUACACCACGGUGGCUGAAGCUGCCUCUGUGUCCUGGGAGGAAGCAGAGAGCUGCAUCCGAGGCACCACAUCCUUCAUGUCUCACUGCCUGAAGAAGGGGGAGAACAUCGCCCUUGUGCUGAAGGACGUGGGAGUGCUGCUCAUUGAAGGCAGCAGGGUGCAAAUGAAAUUUUAUUAUGAUUUCCUAGAGAGGUUGUCUGGGAAGGAGAACCUGGAGGAGGCUGUUUUCAAGAUCCCCUGGCUGAUGGACAUGAUUGUAUCCCCAGUGGCAGCCAUGGCCUCUCUGACAUUCUCAGGACGUGUGAUCAUCUUUCCUGAAUGUGUGAUGGAGACUAUGCCCAAACCACCGCCCAGGAAAUCCAUCAAGAAAUCAGAAAAAGAGAGUUUGCCACCUCUGGGCCAGGGAGAGAAAGAUAUUACAGAAAAUGGAGUCCUGCAGCUCCAGAAAACGAUGGAGAGGAGGAAGGCUCUGUUCAGUCAUCUGCCAGAGGUGCCAGGGGCAUCUUCUACCAAAAAGCAGCCUGGUUCCAGAAAAAUCCACGCUGCAAAACCUCAGAAGUUCAGAGAAGGAAGAGGAAAGAAGACAGCUCCCCAUGACGGUGGAUGGUCUGGAACAGACACAGCAGUGCCUUCAUACCAGUGCGGAGCCCCGAUUCUGAGCCCUGAGCACAACUACAACGUGUUCAGAGAGCAACCACCAAGAGUGCAGACAUCACAGUUAUUGAACUCGAGGCCUGAGAAGUUCUGGUCCAUGCUGCAACAACCGCAGAAGACCAUAUUGUCAGGAUACAACUUCAACACCUCCUGUCUGUGUCCAUUCCCAUAUGAGGCAUCCAGCUCAAUGCAGUGCCGCCCACCCAGAGCAGGGCUUCCCAACCUGGGGAGGCCCAGGCCACUGUGAUCAGGGCUUCGGGUGGCCAGAGUGCAGGCAGCAAAUCAGUGUUGUGUUCUCUUGUCACACCCAACACAUCGAGGCCCAUGACUUGGCAGCAUUUGGAAGACCUAGAUAAGCAUGAGGCGGCUCUGGGCCAGAGAGGAGAAUGUUUCUUGCCAGCUCAUUGCUCCUUCAGAUCCCUGGUGGGAAGGGAAAGGCUUUUUGCGUGGGCCUGGCAUAGCUUAGGAGCAAAACACUGCUGCUGGAUGUGUUGUAGGCAAGGGGUAAAGAGGGGUAGAAAACCGGCUGCUUUCCCCUCGGUGUCCUGACCUGAAGCCACCCCCAGGGUCUGCAUGUGGGCAAAGAGCUCCCAAAACCUGCACUCUUGUUUGAGAAGACCUUCUCUUCUUGUACCAAAAUCCAUCUUCAGAACACACGGAAACGGAGGAAAAAGAAUAAAACCAAUGUCUUGCAGAAGAUGGUGGAGUUUUCAUUUGUUCCCAGUGCUCUUUCUUGGGAACGGGGACGGAGCGUUUCACAGUUGGGCUGUGGCUCUGAAAUGAGCCACAUCCACAGCCAGACAGGCUGGCAUUGGCCCUGUGGGCUAAAGCCAAAGCCUGAGAGGCCGGCACCGGCCCCGAGGUCUAAAACCUCAGCCAGAGAGACUGGCACUGGCACUGGGGCCUGAAGCCAGAGCCACAGCCACAGCCUGAGAGGCCAGCACCAGCUUCAGGCCUAAAUCCACAGCCACAGCCUGAGAGGUUGGCACAGGCCCCAAGGACUGAAGCCACAGCCAGAGAGGCCAGCACCAGCCCUGGGCUGUAAAGCCACAGUUACAGCCACAGAGGCCAGCAUCAGCCCUGGGACCUAAAGCCAUAGCCACAGCCAGAAAGGCUGGUACUAGCCCUCGGGACUGAAGCCACAGCCCAGAAGGGCUGGAACCAAUCCAGGGGCUUAAAGUCACAGAGCCACAGUUAGAGAGGCCAGCACCAGCCCUGGGGCCUGAAGCCCCAGCCAGCAAGGCUGGAACCGGCCCAAGGGCCUAAAGUCACAGCCACAGCCAGAGAGGCCUAAAGCCCCAGCAACAGCCAGACAGACCAGCACCAGCCCUGGGGCCUAAAGACACAGCCUGAGAGGCCAGCACCAGCCCUGGGGCGAAGGUACAGCCACAGCCCAAGAGGCCGGUACCAGGCCAAGGGCCUAAAACCACAGUCACAGCCCAAGAGGCCAGCAGUGGCCCCAAGGCCAAAAGCCACAUCCCGAGAGGCCUGCACUGGCCCUAAGACCUAAAGCUCCAGCUGUGGCACAAGAAGCCAGCACC